AUGCAUUCGAGCCAUCUUCUUCUCGAAGAGCCGAUCAGGAUGGCUUCAAUCCUCGAACCAUCCAAAUCUAGUUUCUUCCCGGCAUUGACUAAGAUCGUCGGGACUCUCGGUCCUAAAUCUCGAUCCAUCGACGCUCUCUCCGGUUGUCUCAAAGCCGGGAUGUCUGUGGCUCGAUUUGAUUUCUCUUGGGGAGACGCUGAUUACCAUCAGGAGACACUGGAUAAUCUGAAAGUUGCUGUGAAGAGCACUAAGAAGCUUUGUGCUGUUAUGCUUGAUACUGUGGGACCUGAGCUUCAAGUUAUUAACAAGAAUGAGAAACCUAUUUCUUUGAAAGCUGAUGGCCUUGUAACUUUGACACCGAGUCAAGACCGAGAAGCCUCUUCUGAAGUUCUUCCCAUUAAUUUUAAUGGGCUUGCAAAGGCAGUGAAGAAAGGAGACACUAUCUUUGUUGGGCAAUACCUAUUCACUGGUAGUGAAACAACUUCAGUUUGGCUCGAGGUUGAUGAAGUUAAAGGAGAUGAUGUCAUUUGCCUGUCAAGGAAUGCUGCUACAUUGGCUGGUGCUCUGUUCACUUUGCAUGCUUCUCAAGUUCACAUUGAUCUGCCAACUCUUACGGAAAAGGAUAAGGAGGUUAUAAGCACAUGGGGAGUUCAAAACAAAAUCGACUUUCUCUCGUUGUCUUAUUGUCGACAUGCGGAGGAUGUUCGCCAGACCCGUGAAAUGCUUAAAAAGUUGGGUGACCUCUCUCAAACACAAAUACUUGCAAAGAUUGAGAAUGUAGAGGGACUAACUCACUUUGAUGAGAUUCUGCAAGAAGCUGAUGGAAUUAUUCUUUCUCGUGGGAAUUUGGGAAUAGAUCUACCCCCAGAAAAGGUGUUUUUGUUUCAAAAGGCGGCUCUUUACAAGUGCAACAUGGCUGGAAAGCCAGCUGUUCUUACCCGUGUUGUCGACAGUAUGACUGACAACUUACGACCAACUCGUGCAGAGGCAACGGAUGUUGCUAAUGCAGUUUUAGAUGGAAGUGAUGCAAUUCUUCUUGGUGCUGAGACCCUUCGCGGAUUGUACCCUGUUGAGACAAUAUCAACUGUUGGUAGGAUCUGUGCUGAGGCAGAGAAGGUUUUCAAUCAAGAUUUGUACUUCAAGAAGACUGUCAAGUAUGUUGGCGAACCGAUGACUCACUUGGAAUCCAUUGCUUCUUCUGCUGUACGGGCAGCCAUCAAGGUUAAGGCAUCCGUAAUUAUAUGCUUUACCUCUUCUGGAAGAGCAGCCAGGUUGAUUUCCAAAUACAGGCCAACAAUGCCGGUUAUUUCUGUUGUCAUUCCCCGAGUUAAGACAAAUCAGCUGAAAUGGAGCUUUAGUGGAGCUUUUGAGGCGAGGCAAUCACUCAUUGUCAGAGGCCUCUUCCCAAUGCUCGCUGACCCUCGUCACCCUGCGGAAUCAACAAGCGCGACGAACGAGUCAGUCUUGAAGGUUGCUCUAGACCAUGGGAAGCAAGCUGGAGUGAUCAAGUCUCAUGACAGAGUAGUGGUGUGUCAGAAAGUUGGUGAUGCAUCCGUGGUUAAGAUCAUCGAGCUCGAGGAUUAA